AUGAAUAAUUCUGAUGAUUUAUUGGAAGUUAUUGAUAUAACAGAUGAUAUAAAAGAUGUUCAUGAACAAAAUGAUAUUAUUUUAUCUGAAUCUGAACAACUUAUUUAUGAUCGUCAAAUACGUCUUUGGGGUAUAAAAGCACAAAAAAUAAUAAUGAAUUCUCGUAUUUUAUUUAUAGGAAAAAAUGGUAUACUUGAAGAAUCUAUGAAAAAUUUACUCUUAUCAGGAAUGAAUAUAACAUUUGUAAAUAAUCAUAUAAUAACAGAACAAGAUAUAAAAUUAAGUUUUUUUUUAAAAAAUGAUGAUAUAGGAUUAUCUCAUUCAAUAAAUUUAUGUAAAAGAAUGUCAAGUAUAACAUUUAAUGAAAAGAGAAUAAAUGGAAUAAAUUUGCAACCAUUAAUUGAAGAAAAUGGACAAUAUAAAUUUAUAGAUCCAAAAUUUCUACAUACAUUUCAUGUUCUAUGCAUCUCUACUACUGAUUAUCCAUUACAUAAACUUGUGAGAUUGAAUGAAGAAUGUAGAGAAAUGGGUAUAGCAUUUUUUGCUACACUUUCAUGUGGUAUUUAUGGUUAUUUUUUCACUGAUUUAAAUAAACAUAAAGUUUUGGAAAUGAUGAAUAAAAAAGAACAAAUAAUAAUAGAAUAUCGCAAUUUAUCAUCUGUACUUACAAAUCCACAAUUUCCUAAAAAUUGUGAACCAAAUUUAAGAUGUUUAAUUUCAUUAAUUACAUUAAUACAACAAAAUUUAACUUUCAAUAAACAACAAAAUAUGAAUAAUCAACAAGAAAAUCUCACUACUGAACUCAAUAAUGAACAAGAAAAUUUGAAUAAACGAGGAAAUAUAAAUUUUACUAAUGAACAAUUAGAAUUAAUUUCUAAACAAUAUAAUUCUAAUAUUAAUACUAUUAAAGAAAUGAUAAAAAUGUAUGGAAUAGAAUUUCCUAUAACAUCAAGUAUAUUAGGAGGUUAUUUAGGUAAUAAAAUAAUAAUUUUAAUUUUUUUAUUAGCAUUGGAAAUAAGAAAAUUUGUUACAAAACAACAUGAAACUAUUCCUAAUUUUUGUCUAUUUGAUAUGUUAAACUCUUCUAUAAUGUUGUCUAUAAAAUAUUUAUAUAUUCUUUUAUUAAUUUUAUUUAAUGUUUCUUCUACAAAUAUAUUUAAUCGUAAUGUACAAUAUUUACAUAUACCUUUGAAAUCACAAUUUUUCAACAAAAAAUCAAAUUUGGAAUUACAAAAAAUAUUAUUUAUAAAUAUAAGAAAUAAAUUAAUAAAUAAUAAAUUAUAUAAUUUUGAUAAAGAUUUUGAAAUAAAAUUAGAAGAAUUAUAUAAUGGUUUAAAAGAGAAGAAAUGGUCAUUUUCAGAUUUACAGAAACAAUUAAUAGAUGAAGGUAUAACACUUGAUGGUUGUAAUAAACCAGAUGAUGUAAUACGUAGAGUAGCAAAAUUAUCAUUACUUGGUAAAGAAAAAUUAGAACGUCAAUUAGAAGAUAAUAAUCCCGAAUUUCAAUUAGAAUUUAAUAAUAUAUUAUCAAAAAUUAAAUCAGAAUAUAAUUCCAUUCCUAAAAAAAAGAAUUUUAUUAAUUCUCUAAUCAAAUUAUUACAACAAUAUAAUAUUAAUAUACCUAAAAAUUAUAUUGAUGAUGAUAUUAUUAAUUUAAUUUCAAGAAUACAAUCCAAAUAUAAAUUACAAUAUAAACUUCCCAAAUGUAAUAAUUUUGGUAUAAAAACUAUUGAAGGAUAUAAAUCUGAAGUUAAUUCUAUAUUUAAUAUUUAUAAUAAAAUUAAACAUGAUGAUUAUUUAAAGAAUAAUUUAUUGGAUGAUAUAAAGAAUGAAUUAAUAAUGUUAAAUGUUGAUUUUGAAGAUUGUAAAACUGAUGAAGAUUUAAUUAAUCGUUUAUCAUAUUCAAGAAUAUUUCCCAAACAAACUAAUCAAUCUAAUGAUCAAUCUAAUAAUCAAUCCAAUGCUCAUUCUAAUGGUAAUAAGAAUAAUUUGAGUAAUAAAUUUGUAAGAAGAAAAUUUGGAAGAAAUUUAAGAAAUCCAUUAGAUACAAUUUUUCAAUUUCAUACACAAGAUUUUAAUAAUUUAUCAAAUUAUUUUCAAAAUUUAUUCAAUCAAGAUAAUGAAUUUUCUAAUAUAAAUGGAUUCAAUCAAGAAAAUGAAUUAGAAAAUGAAAAUUCUGAUUUGGAUAUGGAAAAUUUAGGAAAUACAUUAUUUAAUAAUAUAGAAGAAGAUAUGUUAGAUGGUAUGAAUUUUAAUGGAUUUUCAAUAUUUAAAGAUCUUAUAUCAAUGUUUGGUAAUCCAAAUUUUUCAAAUUUUAAUUCAAAUUCAAAAUUACAAUUUAACAAAUCAAAUUUGAAGUCUGAUAACUCUAAAAUACAAUUUGAUGAUUCUAAAUUUGUUGAUAAUAAAUUUGUUGAUUCUAAAUUUGAUUCGGAAAUGAAAUUUAAAGAUGAAGAAAUUAAUUAUAUAGAAACGGAUCCUUCACUUAUAUUAUUACAACAAAAAACUAAAGAAACUGGUGAUUUCAAAUUACAAAAUAUACUCAAUAAAGCUAUACAAGAUCCAAAUUUGAGAGAUGUAUUAAAAAUAGCAAUAACAAAAGGAUAUGAAGAAGCUAAAAAUAAUUGUAAUGGAAAUGUUAAAGCUUUAUAUAUUCUAGAAAAAUUAAAUGACAAACAUCUUUGGUCAUAA